AUGGAUGUGGCAAUGAGUGAGCCCGCGCAGUUGGCAGAGACUGCCGAUGCCGUUGCUGAGAUCUUGACGGCACUUGCAGUAGAGCCCGACAUGGGCGGCCUCUCAGACCAGUUUCAAUGGUGGAGCGACCUCGUGGACGGCAGCGACGAGGACGAGGAUGAAGACGAUGACGACGAUGACGACGAUGACGACGAAGACCACAAUGACCACAAUGACCACAAUGACCACGAAGAAGACUGCGAAGAGCCCAGCCAUGGUCAACCUGAAGCGCCGCCCAGUGAUUUGUCACGGCAGCAGCAGGGCACGGCUCCAUCGGGCGCCACUGCUCUCACCUCGUCAUCGCUGUCUUCUUCGACCACAAACACCAGCGACACAUCCACUACUUCAACGGCUGCAGCAACGAUGACCGCAGCCCCACCGACCAUUGUGGUGGACGAUGCUACGGGUGCAUCUUCAACCAAAGGCAUUCUUAAGGCGGAGACAGCUGCGCCUGCCACAUCCACGGCCGCCCCAUCCGCCAAGGACCAACUGCAAACCAUCCAGUACCCAACGUCCGGCUCCAACUUCUCGCGGUGGCGCCGCCGUGCCAUGAGCCGCCGCGCCAAGAACUUCCAGUCGUCCUUGCGCCUCAGCAUCCGCAAGCGGUCCCAGCGCAAGCGCGCACCAGGGUCCCAGCAGCCCGACGAGAACACAGAGCCGAACAAAGAGAACUACGUUGACGGGAUUGCAGAGGUGCUCACGGUGCUUGCUGAGCGCGGCAAGGAAGGCGAUGCCGGCAAUGGUGACGCGCCGCUUCCCGAGACGAAAGAACAAGAAGAAGAAGAAGAAGAAGAAGAAGAAGAAGGAGAGGUGGUGGAAGGCUCGCCGCUGCAGCGUGGCCGAAGCGGAAAUUCACUGGCGAAACCCGCACAUCUCGCAGCGAAGAACAAGACGACCAGCAACAGCAGUGAUGGGGAUGGCAAGGACGACAGCACACCCUCGUUUGCACGGCACGUGCGCGAGAGCAUGCGACGACGCAUGUCGAGUUUCAGCCGGCACUCGCCCAUCCGUGAUAGCCGCAGCCCCACGAUGCGGCGGCGGGCAGUGGCUGCACGCAGCAAGUACAAGUCGCCAUCAGCGCGCAGCAGCGGCGGCACACGCAGGGGUGACGCAGUGCCAACAUCAGCCUCUGUGGAGGGGCGCGUUGGCGGUGAUCACGGUCAUCCUGGCGAUGGUGAUGAUGAUGGCAAGGGCGACUGGAAGCAGAGGUCACGCAGUAGCGCUGUUGUCAGCAUCCGUCGCAAAGACGAGGACCAGCAGGAUCGGCGCACGGCCCUGAGUGCAACAGCGAGUGCGAUGAAUGUGACGCAGGGCAGCAGCGGGGACGUGUCGAGCCACGGAACACACCAGGAGGCGGUGAUGCUGAAGCGUGCUGUCCGCGGUCUCUCUCGCUCACGUCUUAGCGCAUCUGUGCGCCGUGGCCACAUCUCACACAAGUCUGCAAAGCUCUCCGCAAAGUUUGUUGCGGACGAGCUGGAGAAGCUUGUUGCUGCCAUCAAGCGCAUUGGGCGAUUGGACAAGCCGACCGGCCAGUACAACGUCACCUUCGGCGUUCUCUUCGAAAAGACAGAGGACGUCUUUGCGGCGUCUGACGUGGACGGUAUUCUGCUGACGGCGCGGAGUGUGGGGCUGAUCACCUAUCUUGGCGGUCUGCUCUUUCCCGGUCGCGAUGACCUCGUCCUCAUCACGCUUGUCUCAGACCAGGUCCCCCAGGACGAAAACGCAUAUACACUCGGGCAAAUUCGAAAUGUGUCCAUGCGACGCAGCCGCCGACGAAGCACCAAGGGCAAGCGAGAGGACACCACUGGCGGCGGCGGCGGCGGUGGUGGUGGUGGUGCGAUUCCGUUUGGGGAGCAGCGGCUGGGCGCAUCUGUGCGCAGGGGCGAGCUCUCUGCCAACAGCGCAACCGCAGCCAUCAAGUGGGUCGACACGCAGAUUCGCCUGCUUGUGGAGGCCAUCAUCAAGUAUGGGCUACGCAACGACGACGGCAACCUGCAAAUCAACUUUGGCGUGCUCUACGACAAGACCGUCAACACCCUCGAGGCUGCUGAGGUUGGCGCGCUGUUGGACUCUGCACGGGCAAAGGGCGUGGUCUCCUUUGUUGGCGACAACCUCAAAGUGUUUGACGACGAUCUCACCACCAUCACGCUGCUCACCGAACACGUGACAGACUCCACCCAAGACACCUACACGUUUGGGGAGAUUCGCCGCCUGUCCCUGCGCCAGCGCCGCCCUUCCCGCCGCUCCCGCCGGUCCCAGCGCCGCGACUAG